AUGGACGGCACUCUCGAAAUCCACGAUGUCAAGGAACGAAAGAUUGGCGAGGUGAAACCUCCCUCGUUCCCAACUCCUCCGCCCGCUUCCUCUGGAGGCUUCCCCGCUCCCAAGAAACGAGUCUCCGCCUUCAAGAAGCAGCGACAACAACAAGCAGACCCAUCGUCUUCAUCAACACCUUCACCAUCCAUCAAGUUCACCAGUGGCGCAAAGCUCGAAAAGGAUGUAGACCCUGUCAAGUCCGAGAAGCAAAGGAUUGCCCAAGAGAACGACAAGCUACUGAGCUCCAUGUCGCCAGAAGAGAUUGCCGAAGCCCAACGCGAGUUGUUCAACGGCCUCGACCCUAGACUUAUCCAGAUGCUUCUCCGACGAGCCAAUGUCGAGGACGGCUCCAACAACAACGACCCCAAAGUCUGGGACAUUCCCGAGAAACCGAUCGAGAAACCCACCGAAGAGCCGACCGAAAAGAAGGAAAACGAUAGUGCUCCCACCAUCCAUCACAAGAAGCCACCCUCGAUCCAGACUUCCACCUCGAAAAGCGCAUACGUAGAAGACGAACAAGAAGAGACCGAACAACCAACGAAACCCAAAAAGACCGUCACCUUCAACGAAGACCUCGCCCCCGAUCAACCUCCCCGCGGCAGCUUCCCCAUCCGAACCAAACAGCCUCCCACACCUUACCCUCAAAAGACCUGCUUCUCGGAGGAAGACCUCGCCACACCCACCUCCCCGACCGCAGGAUCUUCCGAACCACAAACUCCCACCACGCCCUGCACCGACCCAUCCCACAACCACGGCACUGAGGAUGAAGACCAUAAAGGCGUUCACUUCCCCGCCGCCCCCGCCCCUCCCGACCUCGACCCUUCAGACCCUGACUUCCUCGCCACGCUGCACCAAAAAUUCUUCCCCUCUUUACCCGCCGACCCUUCAAAACUCGCCUGGAUGGCCCCCAUCCCCACCGAAGACUCGCCCGCCGACCAAGAAUCCCCUUACUACCCCGGCCAAUCCUCGCUCCCCGUCUCAGCCCUACGCUUCGACUUCAAAGGCCGCCUCAUCCCGCCCCGUUUGUCUCGCCAGAUCCCCGUCUCAAAGGGAUUGCAUCACCACGGCGAAGCCCCCGAGGCUGCCGGGUAUACCAUUCCUGAGCUGGCGCGAUUGGCGAGGAGUAGUGUAAACAGUCAGAGGUGUAUCGCGUUUAGGACGUUGGGAAGGAUGUUGUUCCGUUUGGGCAAAGGGGAGUGGGGCACGGGCGCGGGAGGGAGGGGUGGCGAUGAGGAUGAUUUGGCGUUUGGGCUGUGGAGGUGUUUCCAGGAGGGAAGGGUGUUGGAGACUAUUGGGGAGGCGGCGGGCGUGGAGGAGGGGGUGGGUAGUGUUAGUGUGAGGGCUUAUGCAAUUGAGGCGAUGUGGUUGUUUGAGAAGGGCGGGUGGAAGGAGAAGUGGAGGGGGUUGUGA